AUGGAAAUAUAUGUAUCUCUAUAUUAUUUAAUAUAUGAUUUUGUAGGUUGGUAUAUUUCUAGAUAUGAUAAGAAUGAUAUAGGGAACUGUACUAAAUACUAUAUAGAAAUAUGGAAUAGAAUAACUGAAGUAAUGAAAGGCAAGAAUAGAUCAGAAUACACUGAAAUUCAAUCUUCUUUAAAUAUUAGAGUUGUUGAGAAUAUAUUUUCUUGCAUUGGUGCACUAGUAGGAUAUAGUACAAGUGAUGAAACUUUGAAAUCUAUUAUUAUAAGAACGGAAUUGAUGCUACUUGGGACACUAUUACCUAGCCAUUAUAUAAGAAAAAUCGAGGAAGAAUUUAAUGUAGAUAUAAGCAAAUGUGAUAUAUCUGAUUUAUACAUACAUUUAAGUAUAAUUGAUGAAGUAUGCAAUAUCUCAAAGAAGAAGUUUCCUUAUAUGUUGCGUAACCCUUUAAAUGGAAAACAUGAACCUGUUAAACUCAAGAAUGAAGAAUUCAAAGACAGAUUAUAUAUGGAAAGUUAUAGUUUGGCAAUUAUUGACUUAAUAAUGUUGAUACUAAAAAGUUAUAGUGAAAGCAUAAAGGAAACAAGUACAAGUACAAUUUGCUGUAACGAAAAUUUGAAGCUAAGCUUAUACUCUCUUCCACUCAUAAAUAUGACUAGAGCUCCAGAUUUAUCUAAUAGCCAGACUCAUAUUAAAGUUAUAGAAACAUUUAACAGCUUUAAGAUAAAAGAUAGAGAAGAUAUAUUUUGGAAGUGCCUAUUAUUUUGCAAAAUUUAUGAAAUUAUUUCUUCAUUACUGGAAACUACAGACAGUAAUAUAAAGUACCAGACUUUUUUAUUAGCUCAAAAAUUUAUAGAGGAAAUAUCAGAUGUCAAUAAAGUAGUUUUAAAUAAACACAAUUCUCUAUUAUUUUUGAUUUUACAGAGUGAAUGGGAUACUCUACUUCAAUCUCAAUUUCCUCACUCUCUAGAGAAUAACAUAUCAUUUUUUCAGUCAUAUUCAAGAUUUUUUACCCUAAUUCAACUAAUUUUUUUACGUGAGAUAUCUCAAAUUAAGGAUUAUGGAAAUCAAUUAACUAGUUUAUUACAUUAUUUUGAGAAUCAACUUUAUGUGAACUAUAUUGAUAUGCUUGUAUUCCUACUCAAUAGAAUUUAUGUUAUAGUAUCUACAAUGGAGAUUCGACAAAUUUCAAGUGAGCAGCAGACACUGGAUGAAAGAAGAGUAGAUGCUAAUUGUGAUAAAAGUAGUGCAUGGAAAAUAUUGCAAAUAUUCUUAAAGGAGCUAUAUCCAUUACUACUACCAUUACCAGAUAAUUCUACACUAUGUUUGCUUGUAUCGGCAUCAACGCAGCUAAAUUUUGAGUUAUGGUUAAAACUUUGUUUUGCAUCAUUUAAUACUCAAAUAACUAAUUAUCUAAAAGAAGAUUUAAUUCCAACAAACAAUACAAUUUACAAUGGUUUGCGCAUACUAUAUCAAUUAAUUUUGAUAUGUGAUAUAGAUAUAGUAGCUCCAUUUGUAAGUGAUAUUAUCUACCAAUUAUGGCUAUUAUUCAUUUAUAUAGAGCUAGAUAUGCUAUUUUCAAAGCAUUCAUCCGCAAAUCUUUGCAAUGAUACAGAGACAGCUGCAAACCUUUCAGAAAAUUUAAAUGAAUGUAUAAAGCUAGACAACUUUGGAGACAGCAGUGAAACUAUAGCUAUAAUUAAGAAGCUACAUGCUGAGGUAGCAAAUAUGUUAGCUAACAAAGUAGAAGCAAGUAUCCUCUAUCAAAUAAUUGAAACAAUAAACGAAGUCUCAAAGUCAGCAAAACACACAAACAAACGGGCGUACCAUUUGCUUAGUUCAUUUCGGAUGCUAUUUAGAGAUGAAAAUAUAAUACUGUGA